GAGGAGCAGGUGACCGAGGCGGAAGGAUGGGAAGGCCGCGCGGAGGAAUUAAAUCGCCGAGGAAGAAAAUGGGCGACGGGGCCGUCAAGCCCUAGAGGGACGAUCGACUCCGGUCCGCGAUCGGAGUGCAGACAGCUCUCAGAGGGACUGGAAGGAGGGGAGGGGAGGGAGGACCGGCAGGGAGGAGGGGAAAGAGGGACCGCGAGAGCUGUGCGGUGUGCUGAUUGUCUGUCUGCCUCUCUGUCGUGCGUGCUGCUGCUGCUCGGCUGCGCCAGAGAGCCCGCCCUCGCCCCGGGCGACUUUGAAUGGGCUUUUGGACGAGCGGAUCGGUGGCCUGAUCGCUAUAAGCAUCGCCGGGGACUAUCUCAGAAUCGUGGACGGUGGAGAGCGGGGGAUUUGCGAGCAAUUUGUUGGCGUUCUUGUGGUGAUCGCUCGCGUCGUUGUCCAGGAAUUGGUUGCAGUUUGAUGAGAUUGUAGAAAUGAGAGGGGGGCGCAGUUUCGCCACUUUGGUGCGCCAGAUCGGUAGCUCUGUAGGGUCUGGACGAUAUGGCGGCCAAGUUCGCCAUUUGGGAUCUUACAGUCCCGCAGUGUUUGUGGACAAGAGUACCAGAGUUAUCUGCCAGGGUAUAACGGGCAAGAAUGGAACUUUCCACACCGAGCAGGCGAUCGAAUAUGGAACCAACAUGGUGGGAGGUGUUACUCCCAAGAAGGGUGGAACUGAGCACUUGGGACUCCCUGUCUUCAAUUCUGUCGCUGAAGCGAAACAAGAGACCAGAGCCAAUGCAACUGUGAUAUAUGUGCCCCCACCAUUUGCGGCUGCAGCUAUCCUUGAAGCCUUAGAGGCUGAGCUUGAUCUCAUCGUGUGCAUUACUGAAGGAAUCCCUCAACACGACAUGGUGAAGGUUAAGUCCGCUUUGAAGAGUCAGUCGAAGACUCGACUAAUUGGCCCUAAUUGUCCCGGUAUUAUCAAGCCCGGAGAGUGCAAGAUUGGCAUCAUGCCCGGAUACAUUCACAAGCCAGGUCGUAUUGGCAUUGUCUCCAGAUCAGGAACUCUGACGUACGAAGCGGUUUUCCAGACGACUGCUGUUGGCUUGGGACAAUCUACUUGUGUGGGUAUUGGUGGUGAUCCCUUCAAUGGUACAAAUUUUGUGGAUUGCUUAGAGAAGUUCGUGAAGGAUCCUCAAACUGAAGGUAUCGUCCUUAUUGGAGAAAUUGGAGGGACUGCAGAGGAAGAAGCGGCAGCUUUCAUCACGGAGAGCGGAACAGAGAAGCCCGUCGUAUCAUUCAUUGCUGGUCUGACAGCUCCUCCCGGACGUCGGAUGGGUCAUGCUGGAGCAAUUAUCUCGGGUGGAAAGGGAACUGCACAAGACAAGAUUAAAACUCUUAAAGCAGCUGGGGUAACGGUUGUUGAGUCGCCCGCAAGGAUCGGCACAGCCAUGUACGAUGUCUUUAAGAGUCGGGGACUUCUUUGAUCCCGCAAGCUGACCAAUCCCACUGCUUAAAAUAUUGCCUCAAGGCUCAAGCCUCUGGCCUGGCGACCGUGCUUGCCAACUCAUAGUGGACCUGUUGAAUGAUUCUCGAAAGUCAGCCGACGGGACCAAGUUGGAGAAGAACGUAAUGAAGUGUCUGUUCCUGCCGGUGGCUCCUUUUGAGAGUAGAGCAAUAAUUUUUUUUUCCAUGUCAACCAACUUCAGAGUUGUUUGAUUUUGAGAACGCAUUGCAGGAGAUGUUCAUAGAGGAACACGCUUACUCGCAAGAGUUUUGUUGUUAAGAACUGUGCUACAACUAACUUACGGAGUUCAGCGGCCUUGCUGCUGUCGAAGAACUUUUCCCAAGGUUUUUCUGUGGCAUGAGGAUCUGAACUCUGCAAAAAAAGGAGGAUGGUCUGAUUUGCUCGUAUCUGUCGGGGAGAAACGUGCCCCUCAUAUGCAUACGUCUUCCCAGGCCAUUACUGAAAAGUCUUUCCGAUUGGAACAAAUGCUGCGUUGACCUGUCAAGGAGAGCUGCCCAAUGGCGAAUUUAUGCCCGAUUGAUUUAGUUUCCUCUCUCAUGUGACUUGGCCUGAACUUUACUGCUAGUUUCAAUAUGAUGAUGGAUUGGUAGAUGUACGUGCUCUUAAAGCUUUGUAAGUAGUCAUCACUCGUAGUCACGUUCAACCAAAUGCUCUUGACAAAUCAAGAGACCUUGGAGUAUUUGAUCACGGUGUAAAACGAGGAUCCAGUUUUGUUGUGGAAAUGUUUUAUGUGAUUUCC